GACGGACCAAUGGGAAGGAUGUUUACAGUGCGUCUCAAAAAUGUGUCGUUCCGAUUCAGAUUUUGGCGUUGAUGAGCAUCGAAUGUAUUCUCUACGAUUGAUAAGGAGGAAGCUGAGCUCUGUUCUGGUUGCCUGAGGACACCUGCUGCACCUGUGCUGUGUGAACCUUGGCCUUUGCGUGAACUAAGGGAGUGUGUCACCUGAGGCAGGACAGCGGGAUUCUUCUUAACCUUCAUCCAUCAAUCUAUAACUCUCACUUCUUGAAGUCCAAGCUAGCCUGACUGCUCUCUCCCUUUCUCUGUAUCUAUUCAUCCAUCCAUCCCUCUUUCACACUUCUCCAUGCCUUUGCCCAAUUAUGUCCCUGUCACUUCCAGAGUCCCUCUGUAAGACUUCUGUCUCGCCAUCCCUCCGUGAUCUAUCUCUCUGUCCACCUGUGUGUGCGCCCCUCCUGACCGCCAGGCUGGAUUUCCUGCAGAUGAAACACUUGAAGAGGAAGAGGAAGAGUAACUACAGCGUUCGUGAAACGCAGGCGCUGAUCCGGGAGAUCCACAAAAGACGAGACGUGCUGUUCUCCCGCCAGCAGAACACCGCCAUCAACGAGCUGAAGAGACGAGCCUGGGAGGAGGUAGCAGGAGGCGUCAACGCACUGGGAGAGGGCGAGCUACGCACAUCUUCAGAGGUGAAGCGGCGUUACCUGGACUGGCGGUCGCUAAUGAAGAGGAAGCAGCUCCGUGCUGAGCUGUCUCUCUCCACAGGGCUGAAGGCAGAGUAUGAUCCGUCCUCCCCUGAACACAACGCCUCACUGGGCUCAAGGGACCAGUCGCUCGACCUCUCUAGCUUUCCCAAGGAGUCCCAGUGCGACUGGCAGGACCUGGCGGAUCUUGGAGAGCCCAGCGGACACGCAAUGUCUACAGGGAUUAAGAUGGAGGAGGAGGCCAAUGGAUACAGGCUGGAGGGUGAUAGCGGAGAGGGAGAUGGUGAGGAGGAGGAGGAGGAUGAUGAUGAAGAAGAUUGUUUCCCCUCUCUCCUACCCGACAUGGGAGAGCGCGAUGUACUUAUCCCGGAAGUCUUCUCACACAUUGAGUUUGGAAUGCUCAGUGCCUCAAAGGGGACGGCGACCUCGAUAAAUCGGGACCUCUCAUUGGGCGGAAUGGGCUUUGCUGGGUUAGGACUGGCCAAUCACGAGAGUACGGGAUUUCUGGUUGGUUUGGAGAAGCAGCGUGUGGAAUUGGAGAAGCAGCGUCUGGCUGUGGAAACGGAGCGGCUUGCGGUGGAGAGAGAGAGACUCCUACUGGAUAAGGAGAGACUGAGUCAGUCGGAGGUGGAGAGGGAGAGAUUGCAGCUGGAGAAAGAGAGAUUGCAGCUGGAGAAAGAGAGACUUAGGCUGUUGCUCAUGAACCAAUCAGAACGGGCUGCUGCUCCCCCCCAGCAAGGCCCUCCCUCCUCCUCCACCCCUACCACCUCAUCUUCCUCUGCUGUGGAUGGACAGAAUGAGAGAAAGGAGAAUAAACCCUUGCUUUCUAUGAUAGAUCUGGAGGGCGAGAGACGGAGCCUGGAGAAGGACAGAUUGCAGUUAGAGAAAGAGAGGCUGCAGUUCUUUAAGUUUGAGUCUGGACGACUGCAGAUAGAGAGGGAGAGACUAGAGGUGGAGAGAAUGCAGCUUUACAAGGACCAGGGUCAUUGAGAGAGGGAGGAUAGGAUUUCAUCAAAUAACAUUUUGUCACAUGCUUCGUAAACAACAGGCGUGGACUAACAGUGAAAUGCUUACGGGCCGUUCCCAAUAAUGUAGAGAGAAAAUAGAGAAAUAAUUGAAAAAUGAUGAUGAUACAUAAUUAGAAAUGAAAAGCUUUGUUAUAUACAUGGGGUACCAGUACCAAUUUGAUGUGCAGGGGUACAAGGUAAUUGAGGUACAUACAGUGGCAAGAAAAAGU